CUCACUUUUCACUAACCUUCUCAAGAAUAUCCUACUUUUAUGAAAUACUCAACCAUAUAAAACCAUUCAUCACAUUUAGUAUAACAUUGGAAUUUUCCUCAUCUUCCUAAAAGCAUGUCUAAAACAAAUGUAAGAAGUGACCACGAUUCAAAAAAAUUGAAUCAAAUAUUUUUCCAAAAACACAUCAAAAGAGUCUACCCUAUUGGGUUAGAGAAAAGUUCUUCAUCUUCAUCCUCGUCUUCAUUAUCAUCGUCACCGUCACAAAAUUCAAAUGACUCUUGUUUGGUUGAUUCGUUGAAUUUAGCAUAUGAAAACGUCUCAUUACCGCAGCAUUUGAUUUCACCACAUCAGAGAAAAGAACGUGACGUUGUUAAUACUUCACAGCAACAACAAAAUCUACAUGCAACCAAGUUUGGUGAAUUGAAAAGAUGCAAUUGGAUCACAAAGAACUGUGAUAAGGCAUACAUUGAAUUUCAUGAUGAGUGUUGGGGAGUUCCAGCAUAUGAUGACAAAAAACUGUUCGAGCUGCUUGCAAUGUCAGGAUUGCUGAUAGAUUACAACUGGACAGAAAUUCUAAAAAGAAAGGAAGUUCUAAGACAAGUUUUUGCUGGAUUUGAUCCUAACAUUGUUGCCAAAAUGGAGGAGAAAGAAAUCAUGGAGAUAGCUUCAAAUAAAGAACUUUUAUUAGCUGAUUCAAGAGUUCAGUGCAUAAUAGACAAUGCCAGAUGCAUAACAAAGAUUAUGAGGGAAUAUGGAUCAUUCAGUAGCUAUAUAUGGAGUUAUGUGAAUCACAAACCAGUGAUUAACAGACUAAGAUACUCAAGAGAUGUUCCAUUAAGGACGCCGAAAGCAGAAGCCAUAAGCAAGGACUUAAUAAAGCGUGGUUUCAGAUUUAUGGGUCCGGUGAUUGUUUACUCUUUUAUGCAAGCUGCAGGAUUGACAAUGGAUCAUCUUGUUGAUUGUUAUAGGCACAGAGAAUGUGUAAACUUAGCAGAAAGACCUUGGAAACAUAUUUAAAUUCAUUUCCAUAUGAUUUGUUUUAUUCUAUUGGUUUUUUUGUAUAAAUAUCUAUUCAGUUUUGCUUGCAUGAAUGGUUAAUAAAGUUAAAAAAGGCUGUGUGUUUGCCUUUCAAUUUGAGUUA